UAAACUUUGUGUGAAGCAAGACCCAGCUAGUAAGUUACCUUAAAUCAACAACUUGUCAAAUUCUUCCUGACAGUGACGGCUGGGGGAAAAAAAUCGUAGAAGCAUUGCUGAAGGUUCUGCGGUCUGUGUGGAUGCAGGAAGCAUGCAGACAAUAAAGUGUGUGGUGGUGGGGGACGGGGCGGUGGGCAAGACCUGCCUGCUCAUCUCCUACACGACCAACGCCUUCCCCGAGGAGUACAUCCCCACCGUCUUCGACAACUACAGCGCCCAGAUGAGCGUGGACGGCCGCACGGUCAGCCUGAACCUGUGGGACACGGCGGGCCAGGAGGAGUACGACCGGCUGCGCACGCUCUCCUACCCGCAGACCAACGUCUUCAUCAUCUGCUUCUCCAUCGGGAGCCCCUCCUCCCACGCCAACGUGCGGCACAAGUGGCACCCCGAGGUGUCGCACCACUGCCCCAGCGUGCCCGUCCUGCUGGUGGGCACCAAGCGGGACCUGCGCGCCGACGGCGAGACCGUCAAGAAGCUGAAGGAGCAGGGCCUGGCGCCCACCACGCCGCAGCAGGGCAGCUCCCUGGCCAAGCAGAUCGGGGCCGUCAAGUACAUGGAGUGCUCGGCGCUGCUGCAGGAGGGCGUGCGGGAGGUGUUCGCCGAGGCCGUGCGCGCCGUGCUCUACCCCGCCGCCAAGAAGAACACCAAGAAGUGCGUGCUCUUAUAGUGAGGAGGGGAGGGAGUGCGCGUGGACACGGACACCAAGCGGGAGGGCCGUCUCCUCCCUGCUGCCGCCAUAUAUGCUUUGUUUAGCUCUUCUCUCGCUCAUUUUUUUUCCUCCUUAACCCCCCCCCCCCCCCCCUCAACUCCCACUUGUCUUCAGAGUUGUUUUUUUCACCCCAAACCAAAAGCCAAAGUAAAGAUGCCACAGCAGAGGGGUUUGUUCUUAUGCACCACCCUGUCCUCCAUGUUACUCCGCCUCCCCUCCACCUAUGGCACCCUGUCUUCCUUUCUUUCGACUGUGCCUUUUUGGGUUGUGCUGUAUAGUUCUGGACCGAGCCAGGUGAAGGCAGCGCCAUUUCAGAAAUUCAAGAAAAUGGCCCUGGAUGCAAAAUGGGAUGAAUAGCUAAUGAUUUGCCAAAAAAAAAAAUCAAUAAUCCACCAGACGGAAAUCACUUCCUGUACUUUCCUGUUGUGGCCUGCCAGGUGUUUAGUGCCGAAGGGAGUGAUGACCUGGCACUCUCUUUACACCUUUACCCUGCCAUCUUGUCCUGCACCUCCUGACCAGGAGGUGUAAUGACUGCAUGGCAGCUCUGUGGCCUUAGUUCAGCCAACGGGCUCCUCUUAAGACAUCCCUGUCUGAGAGCACCUUCAGGAAUCAGCUUCAUGUCCCGGUCUGUGCACUUGCACUCUGGCCACAACAGAAGGCUGGGGAUCACCGAGGAGCCCAUGGCCCCUGGAAAGUGCCAGAAAUUCUAAAGCAGCCCACUGCCCACGUCGACUUGAAAAGCCUGACUGCGUCGUCUCAUCCACCCCGUGCCUCUUUCUCAUGGAGCAAACCCUUUUCUGCUUUCAAAACAAAGCCAAGCCGAGCUGAGCAGAAACAUGGAAAGGGAACGUCUGGUUAUUUAUCAGCCCAACGGGGCAGUGCCAGGAUUAGAUCAGUCUGUCCUCCCCCAGCCGGGCAGGCCCGUAAGUCACGAGCUCCUGUUCACUGUUUUACUGUCGCAGCAGAAGGCCGGGUUUGUCAUAACGGUAUAUGUCCGGUAGCUGUAAAGCAAACAGAUGUCCGUAUUGCCCGAUAAGAGUGCUGCAGCCAUGUGUUCUGCAGUUAGGUAACUUAUCAGGAAUGUGUCAAAUGGCUUGCCUUUUAAGUUCCUUUAUGUCAAAGGUUUUUUUUUUUUUUUUUUUCUCCUCCCUUUUAUAUCCAAAGUGACCCAUAACAACAAAGAAUAGUAAUUAUUACUGGAGUGGGUGUCCUAGUGUGCUUCAGUUAGACUGUACCUUAAUGUGCCGUGCUCAGAACUUUUCCCUUUCAAUUGUGAUGAUUAUGCUGCAGAUUUUGAUCUUCCGAGCUAAUGAACCACAAGCAAAAUCCAUUCCAUUUUCUGUACUCCUUGAGGUUCCCGGUUUAUGACUGUUCUUCACACACCAGGACUCUUUGUGCCUUUUCACCUGCUUACUGUAUUGACGUUUAGGUCAGGGGGAACGGUGCCUUGCAGUGCAUUUUAAACAUUAAGUGGUCCUGUUGAUUUCCGUUCUCCUUCAGUGCCUCUCUUCGAUAGGUUCUCCACUUAGUUUCCUCACACACUAUGCAGCGCCAUCAGUUUUAUGGUCCUUUUUAAACCCUCGUUCUGUUUUUUCUUAGAAUCGACGAAUGUUGAAUUGAGUCUGCUAAAUGGCCCUGACUGGUGAUUGCUCGGCAGGCGGUAGCUAUGGGAGAGCACUUGGCGGGCGGGUUUUGCCUUCAUUAAAGCGAUUAGCGGUGUGAAAAAUGACAGAACAUUUGAGUCCUUUUGACUUUAGUAUCGGUAUAGGUACCUUUGUGUGUGCGUGUGUGUGAAUGAGUGGGGCUAUGAGGGGUUGUUUAUAUGGUAAACUUAUAUUGGUCUAGUUAUCAAUAAGUGGGGGGGAGGGGGGUGAGUGGCACAUAGGUGUCCUUUCCCAAAAAAGGCCCUGGGCAGGAUUUUCUCUGAAAAAGCAUCCAGCUGUGAAGAGCAGCUCCCGGUCCAUGACCCUGCACCUCUCAGGUGUUGACAGAAAGCCUUAACAACCACCCUCCCUCAGUGUAACCGCCUGAGUCAGGGCCCUGAGUGCCAGCUGGCCUCUGCCGUCACCGCCAGUGCGACACCGGCUUUGGGUGGCUCAGACGGAUUAGCCGACGCGCGGUGCAGUGUUUACUCCCCCGUGGCUGUGACGCCACAGAGCGCCCCUGUGUGUCACCUCUUCUGGGGGAUGGACCUGUCUGAUUCCACACCCUCUGGUGGUCAACUUUUACUGAAGACCAAGGCCAGAUCCUUCUUUUUUCUUUUUCUUUUUUUAAAAUUGUUGUCUUGCCGGUUAGACUGUUUUAAUAUCGAAUGUAUCUACAAAUUUAAAAAGCCAAAAAAAGAAACGAAAACAAAAAAACUGAAACGGGAGCGUUAAAACAUGCGUAAAUGUCUGUUCCCUUUGUUCCAUAAUCCGUUAGCGCUUGGGCGCCGGCUGCGUUUGCGUCGCACUGAGCCAGGGAAUUCCUGCCGCUGUGGACGCGUCCUUGAACCACUUCAUUUGCAAGUGCUGGAUCGAUUACUGUCCAGCGUAACAUGCCGCGACUGCCUGAUUUAGACUGUGAUGCUUCGAUCACCCUCGGAAGGUUACGCUGCCCUAAUGCCAGACCACAUGGAAGCCAGAGACGUCCUGCCUCUGCUUCUACAGCCAGUAGAUCGGCCAGUUAGCAUUCAUUUUUAAAAUUGUUCCAAAUUAAUUUAUGUGCUGCACACCCGAAUUACAUUAAGACUGUUCUUAUGACCUAUUAUCGCUUUUAGGCCGGGUGUUCUUUAAGCGCGUGAUCGACGUGAUGUUAUUUACAGGUUCAAAUCAUGGCAGCAUAUUUUCUGUUUUUCUGUUUAGUUUAAGCAGCCACCAUGUGAGUGUUUUAAAAUGUUCAUAUUGCCAGACGGUUGCUACUCCACUGAAAGUGGCUUGUAUUAAACAAAAUCCAGGUUCCUACGAUCAUGUCAUUCAUAACCUUUUUGUCGGCAGUUGUAAUGAACGGGCCUACAUCACCAUUUUAAUGGGUCUGCCUUCAGCAGUGCCUGCCAUUUUGGAAGUGCCUUUUUAUCCAUAUGUAUUUUUUUCUGUAACUUUUAUUUUUCCGAGCUUCUUUGUCAAGGCACAGCCAAAGAGUAAACGGAACUGUUCACAUGCAUCGCCUGCGUUGUGGCGUAGGUUGAUGACUCUGAACACUGCACAAAUCUGAUGUUUUUGAGAGGUGGCUGGAUCCUCAGACUGACUGUCCUCCAUUCGCAAAGGUUUUGACUGUGUGGGUUUGAGCAACAGUGUUUGGCCUUAUUUCUGCCCAUGUUCUUCUUUUCUAACUGACAAAUAUUGAGUACAAAUCAACACACAUUACCAAGCUUUAAAAUGGUUAGGUUUUUUCCUAUUACGUUGUUCAUAGUAUGCAUUGCAGAUUACUGACCACUGUCCAAACUUGCCUUUAGCUGGCCUGUCCAAGACCGUGCUCCUGUAUCUCAAAUAUAAAAGCUGGUUUGGCUCCUUAUUUUCGGGUCAUGUUACAGAAAUCAUAUCUGAAGGUGGACGUACAUCCAUGUGCUGAGUCAGCCUACCAGUUACAGAAAUAUUUUGAUGGCCACAUAGUUGACUGAAUGAAGCUGCAUCUGCUUUCCGAGACCAAGGAAGCAGAAAAUUAUUGGGCAGUGUAAACUUCAAGCCUAAUGGUAUUUUAACAGUUGUUCAGAGGAUCUGUACGUUUUAAUCUUUACAGGUGUUUAAGACAGUGUUGGGUAUGUGUCAGAAAUCAUAUAAUACAAAGGGACAAAGUGGGGGGAAAUUGUAUGCAUUUCUGCUGGGGAGUCGGUUGGCAGGGCUGUCUGUUUUGGUACCUUUGAAUUAAAGGUGUGAUAUCUGUGGAUAUAACGCCCUGCCGCAAAAUUGCAUAUUAUCUGCAUGUGCUGGGGUGUAAAGACAGUUGUGUUCAAAUUAUGGUUAACAAAACUGGUGGUUUCAUUGUUUUUCUGAUGUCACUGUGGUAUGCUGUCAGAACUCAGCAGACAACUGGCAAUCGCAGCCACCAGUGCCUGUCUGCUAUGGUGUGUGGUACUAAAUUUAUACACUGGGAACUUGAUUUGUAGGAAUUGUUUUGUCUUUUUUUUAUAUAACAAACAUAUUUGUAUAAAAGAACUAACAGUGGAAAUGAUUUUUAAAUUAUGCUAAAUAAAAUUGUGACAAUGAA